AGCUGUAAUGUUAUUAUGCUACCCUACCUUUCUUCUUUUCUUCACCUUUAAACAAUAAACUUAAGUAUUCAGCAAAAAGUAAAUAAAUUAUUAAUACAUAAAAUAAGAAACUUACGUUUUAAAUCACACGAGCUUCGUCCACCGACCAUACUUAAAUAAUUUUUUUCCUUUUCUUUUCCAAGAGGAGGAGCUACUCCAUCAAUGAAAUUAUACUGGUGCCAAUCAAUUAUUACUAUUUUUUUUCUUUACUUUUUGGUUCUUUCACCUUUUUAAAUUUGUCAGUUUCAAGGCCUAUUCAGAAUUCAGAUGCUUCUUUUCUUUUUUCUUUAGAAAAGGGAUCUCAUUUAUUCGUUACAAAGGAAUAGGGUCAUAUACUCAUAUCUGCUAAAUCACAGUAUAUGUAAGUCCAACAAAAGAGGGGGUACCCCCACCAAACUACAAUUAUUUUUCACCUUUCUACUUUUACAACCUGUCUUCUAUGUUGUUUUUCGUUUUCUCUUAAAAGAAAAUGUGAUCACCAAUUUCAUUUUUUUUUUCCUGAAAAUAAUAAUAAUAAAUAGACGUAGUCCAGACAAGGGGGGAGUUAGUGUGGAGUGGACCGCACUGGUACUUACUGACUGGUCUGGUUUGAAACCAAAGUAAAUGAAUGAACUGGUCUAGUCAAAGCUAUGAUAAUAUCAUCCUUAUGACCAUUGACCGGUAAAUGCCGGUUACAAGUACAUUAGUUCUCACUUGCUUUUGUUGGAAAUUUACAUCCUCACCAGCAACCUGUUGUUGCCGGUAGCCAAGCCACUCAAAUCCAAAACUCUGGUAUAGCUCACACACUCUAUGGUAGCGAACCAAAUAUCACAUACCUUUUCUUGGUUUGGCUGAGCAAAACUACAUUACCAACUUCCGAGACCAUAUAUCAAAUUCAAAACUAUCAACAAAACCUUUUUCUCGGUUAUUAUGGAGGGGCAAUUGGGGCUGCUAAAAGUUGUUGUUGUGCAAGGGAAGAAACUGGUCAUCCGGGAUUUCAAGAGUAGUGAUCCUUACGUUGUAGUCAAGUUAGGCAAUCAGACAGCAAAAACAAAGGUUAUAAAUAGUUGCCUUAAUCCAGUCUGGAAUGAAGAGCUGACUUUCUCCCUCAAAGAACCUAAUGGGAUUUUAAAUUUGGAAGUGUUUGAUAAAGACCUAUUAAAGACAGAUGACAAAAUGGGACAUGCACAACUCAGCCUUCAACCACUUGUCUCUGCAGCUAGACUCAGGCAGAUUCUGCAGAACUUCAAUGGGGAGACAGUGUUAAGGAAGGUUGUCCCAGAUGGCGAUAACUGUUUGGUCAGAGAGAGCUCCAUCACUUGUGUCAAUGGUGAGGUGGUGCAGGGUGUUUGGUUAAGGCUGUGUGAUGUCGAAUCCGGGGAGAUCGAAUUGAAGAUCAAGCUAGCUGAUCAACCUCCUGUUGGUCUUCCUAAUGCUACCUCAAGAAAGAGUGGAAACUAAGGUUGGAGUAGUUUUGUGUAGGAUGUAGACGUGUUUCUAACAAUGGAAAAUUUAAAAAGAGUGGAAAUAUUAUUGUAGUUUAGCUAUCUUGGGAUAAAACACUAUUUGAUAAUAUAAGCAGAUUUAAAUUUAGCUUAGCAUUGAUUUGAGUUUGAAAUAUGAGAUUGCCAAGAUUGUUUGUGCUUGUGAGUCCUGUAAUCUGUAUGUGUACAUACUUUAUGUUCCUUUUUUUAAAAUGAUUUUUGAUCAAAAA